AGUCUUACGUCCCUUCGAUCCAGCGUGCUCAGAGUCCAAGAGGAAAACGGGAGAACCUAUCAUUCUAUGAGCUCCGGCAACAUUCAACAUAAUGUCUGGCUCCUCACUCUCGAUGGUGAGCUUGGGUUGUCGCCCAAGAUACGCGGGCCGGCGAAGCGCGUUCUUGAUGCUGGCACCGGAACUGGUAUCUGGGCUGUCGAGUAUGCCGACCUCCACCCUGAAUCAGAGGUAAUCGGCGUUGACCUUAGCCCGAUUCAACCUUCACUGGUCCCUCCCAACUGCACCUUCGAGGUCGACGAUCUGGAGAAAGAAUGGACUUGGUCUCAGAAAUUCGAUCUGGUCUUGUCUCGCGUCAUGACGGGAUGCUUCGUUGAUAUGCAAGAGUUUGUCCACAAAGCAUAUGCGCACCUAGAGCCCGGUGGCUACUUGGAAAUGCAAGACCUGACAAACCCUCUCGCAUGUGAUGACGGCACCCUGCACGAAGGCCUCGAACUGUAUCGACUUGGUCAUCUGUUGGUCGAGGCGAGCAACAAAGCCGGGCGCCCCAACAACACUGCACCCAAGUACAAAGAAUACCUCGAAAAGGCAGGCUUCAUCGACGUGGUUGAGAAGAAGCUCAAGUGGCCUCUCAACCGCUGGCCAAAGGAAAAGAAGUACAAGGAAAUCGGAGUUUGGACAUGCGAGAACCUCACUAGUGGACUUGAAGGCUUGCUUCUUGCUUUGCUUACGAGGUUUCUUGACUGGAAAUCUGAAGAGGUCAUUGCGUUCUGCACUUUGGUCAGGAAGCAACUCCGAGAUACUUCGAUUCAUGCCUACAUUCCAGUGUAA